AUUUACAAUUGUUAGCCACAAUAGCUAACACUGCCUUCAAAUACUAGAAGAACAGCUAGCUAGCUAGCUAAACUAAGGUAGCUUCGUGGUAAUGUAGCUCAGCUAGCGUUAGCUCAACACAGUCGACGCCAUUGAGUUGUAGGGAGAUUGCAUUACCCGUGUCUUCAGUUGUCAGUCACUGUUACUAAUGGUAUCUUAAUGGCUCCAGUCGCUUAACUAGGUAGUUAUAUCCAUUUAGCCUCACGUUUAUGUUGGUUAGCUAACCUAGCGAUAGCUAACUUGUACUAGCUUCUUGUAUUACCUUGGCAGCUCCUUGGCUCUUCUGCUAGCAAACAUUAGCUGGCUAGCUCAUAUAGCUUUGUUAGCUUCUGUGCCAGAGAGAUAUAAUGACAUUUGUCGUCUAGCUGAGUGAAUCCGAAGUGUGUGCCAGUGUCAAUUAAUUGGCCAGACAUCCAGAUCUUGUGUUGUUCUCUCUGUCCUUCCCCAGUAGCCUGUACGCGUGUUUAUCCGCGUCGGGCUGUAACCAUCUGUAGAUACUUUGCUAGCUAGAUAGCUGGCUAAUGUUUGACCAGAGAUGAAGAGCAAAGCUGGUGAUAAAGUUUAAAGCCUGUGUGCACAGACCUGUCAUCCAAACACUGAUUUUCAGCUUCACAUCAGUGACAGGAAAUCCCACUAGCUCCUCUCCACCCUGCCAUCUGCUUGGCGCAGAGUGAUGACCUCACAGCGGCGUGGGCACGCUAACCCUCCCCUCCUUGCUGCACAGAACUCUUCCUUGAGCCAAGGCAGGCAGAACACGCCCCCUGACCCACUGGACUCCUCCUCACGCUCGCGACCUUCCCCUCCUAGGGGCGGGUGGGCAGGUGCUUCCCCAGCUACACCCACUCACGCUAGCUCCCUGCCACCUGCCCUGAGCCGAGCAUCCUCUGCCUCCUGCAGUAGCUCCGCCUCCUCCAGGAGGACAGCAUCAGGCCGUUCGGAGCCCUGGCCGGAGGAGGCGGUGGACGACGCCUACGGGCUGUACUCGCUGCAUCGCAUGUUCGACAUUGUGGGAGCGCAGCUGACGCACCGGGACGUGCGAGUGCUUUCCUUCCUGUUCGUAGACGUCAUUGACGAGUAUGAGCGCGGAGGUAUUCGGAAUGGGCGGGAUUUCCUGUUAGCCUUAGAGCGACAAGGACGGUGCGAUGAGACAAACUUCCGGCAUGUUCUCCAGCUACUGCGCAUCAUCACCAGGCAUGACCUACUGCCUUAUGUGACGUUGCGCAAGAGACAGACAGUGUGUCCAGAUCCAGUGGAUAAGUAUUUGGAGGAAACGUCUGUACGUUACAUUUCCCCCAGAGGAGGCGGGGCAGAGAACCAGCAGGCCACUCCCCACAGGCGAGCAGGACCCCAGCCUGUGAUCUGCUGUCCGCCGCCAGAGCCCCGGGUGUGCCCACCCCGGGCCAAACCAGCACCUCCCACUCCCAGCCGGAGGAGGAAGAGGGCUCAUAGUGCAGUGGACUGCAGAGAAAAACAGACCUGUGACAUCCGUCUUCGAGUGCGAGCGGAGUACUGUCAGCAUGACUCUGCUCUGCAGGGCAACGUCUUCUCCAACAAGCAAGAGGCGCUCGAGAGGCAGUUUGAGCGCUUCAACCAAGCGAACACCAUUCUGAAGUCACGUGACCUCGGCUCCAUAAUCUGCGACAUCAAGUUCUCAGAGCUGACCUACCUGGACGCAUUCUGGCGGGACUACAUAAAUGGCUCGCUGCUGGAGGCCUUGAAGGGCGUCUUCAUCACAGACUCGCUCAAACAGGCUGUGGGCCACGAGGCCAUUAAACUACUCGUGAAUGUGGACGAGGAAGACUACCAGGCCGGCAGGAGGAAGCUUUUGAGGAACCUGGUGGCUGGAGGGGCGGGGUCAGCAAGCCGGGAGGUGGGGUCAUCUUAAUGGAGGUGGAACAGGCUGGAGGUGGGGACAGAAUCUUGAGUGACAGGUUAAUGAACAGAGGAAGGAGCGGGACUGACCAGUGGAGCAGCUGGAAUAAGGAGGAGACUGCCGAGUUUGGCCUAAAGUAACACGAGGUGGUGGGGGGGGGGUGCAGUAAUCUGGCUACAGAAAAGGAUUAAAGUGUUCUUUAAUAUAGGAAGUACAGGAUGAAGAAGGCAUUGAAUUUCUUUUGGGAUAUUUUCAUUGGACAAGAAACACUAAUGGUUUCUUUUAAAACUCAAAUUACCACAAAUUAGUUUUUUUUGUGUGUGUGUGUGUGUGUGUGUGUGUGUGUGUGUGUGUGUGUGUGUGUGUGUUUGUUUUUUAAAAAAAAUUCAAGUACUGUUGCACAAACAUUUGUUCUCAUGACUGUGAAUCUGUUAGCGUUUGUGAAGCGAGAGAAGGUCGGACAUGUCCAGGUUUGUCUCCUCCAGCAGUGGGCUUGCCUACAGACUGGAGCAAAAGGUGCAGCAACUUGCUUGGAACAUCUCUCUGAUCAGUGUUAUAUUUAUAAUCUAAUUAAACAUGCACGACGACUUCAUCUUGACAGGCUUAAGUAUUCUAGAAAAGAGAAAAUGCUUAGCCCUGUAGACAUGUUGCAGUUUGACUCUGUACAAGUGUGUAUGGUCCUCAUGCCAGUGCCACAGCUUGCUUGGAGCUCACUCCCCAGUUUCCUUUACGUGAGUUUAUUUUGUCCAUAUAGGUACAUUGUCCAUACAUAAAAUGUGUGUUAAAAAUGUGUGAAAAUUUGAACAAAAGGUUACAGAACUGGUAGAGAAUUUUGGAACGUGCAAAAGUUGACAAAUGAACAUUUUUAUUCUUGGUUGAAUGUUGAAACAUGCACAAUUUGUCAUGAGGCUGCACAUCCAUUUGAAUGGACUCCUUUGAAUUAUCCCUUAAAAGGACAGAUUUAGCAUGUUAUCUUUCAACCAAAAUCUAAGACCACUUCUAAAAAUGUGGAAGGCAUAAACUGCAAAAGUGAUCAUUGUGAUGCAAUUCUGGUUUUGGACAAAACUAAAUGCUUUUUCUUUUUCUCUAAAUUGGUUUGCUAAUAAGGCAGAAGCAGAGCUGGUGUCAGGUUUUGGACUCUGGAUAAUGCUACACAGGCAUGUAGGGCAUGAUUUCCACAGAAUGAACAGCAUAUAGCCAGAGUAUGGGUGUGACAUCAUGGUUUGCAAGGAUAAUUUUCUCCAGUGUCAGACACGGGUCAAUAGGUUUCCUGCUAUUCGGUGUGAGGUUUUUGGAUCUUUGCUUUAAAUGUGCAUGCCGUUAAUGGGUUGCGUCUUGCUGCAGCGGGGCAGCGCUCUGCCCUUCAUCUUUCUGAAGUGUUACAGUGCUCCCAUUCCUUUAGGGGAUUAGAAGCCCUCUGUUUAGGAGAAUUUGUCAGGUUUCAGUACUCUGAAAACAGGGUUUCACUUUGAAUGAUUUCAUGCAUUAGAAAUAGCCUUCUGAUUUAAGGACCAGCUGACAGAAUGUUCCCCUGGGAAGGAUGGAAAUCUCCUCAUUCUUAGUCCAGGUGAAGGGACACUCCUGUCUAACCUUCUAACACUACUGAUCAGAGUGUUUUUCAGUGAGUUAGCAGAUGCCCAGACAGCCUCAAGUUAUCAGAUUUACUUUAGAACACUUCAGAAAAUAUCUGUAAAAUACCAAAGCCUAUCUCAAAUACUAAUCCAAACUCCUUUCUCUCACUUUACCUUUUACCUGCACUCACUGUCUCUUGCUCUCCCCAGUUUGCCCAUGUAAGGUUAAGUUGUGAAUUGGGGAAAUGGUGUUUGUAUCUGAUUUGAAAGACAUUGAGACACAUUCAUAGUGGUCACCCAUGGGUCAGUGUAGGCUACUGCUGUCAUUAUUAUGAAGGCAGAAAAAAAGAUUUUUCUUGUAAGGUUUUCCUAAUGGAAUUAUACAAAGUUACAAAAUUGGUAUCUAUUAUAUAGGUUAUAUGUUCUGUUGGUUGUGUUUUGAGUGUUUGUCCAUAAAACUUGCAUGUAUAUGACUUCGAACCCUGCAAACAUCACAGUGAAAAUAAGCUGUGUUCAGUAGAGUUAAAAUCUUAUCAACCUUUCUAACCUUUUUUUCUACUUUGGUUUUCAUAGAGAAGGCGAAUGAGAGUGCUACUUUUGGAAAGAUGGCAUUCUCCAGAUCAGCAGAGCAGAUGAAGUUAGAGCACUUUGUUUUGUACUCGAGUAUUUCACCUCCUGGAAGCCUAGUCGGUUGUAUACAUCAUUCUGAAAUGUAGGAGAAAUAAAGCAGCGUCUGCAAAGUGUUGCAUUAUUAUGACAAUUUGAUUUAUGACUCAUUUUAUUUGUUCACCAUGGCGGCGAUUGUGUUAAGUGAAACAUUUACAUCAAUAAAAGUUGGCAGAUUCAUUCAGUGUACAAAUCAAUAAAACAAAUAACUAAAAUCA